AUGUCGACCCAAGCUUCUCACCCCCCAACUCCGAAGGGUUCGCGCAACACUCGCAGGCCCCAGAAGAAGAACAUGACCCCCCAAGCUCAGAAACCGGGACUCUCCACACCUCCGUCAUCUCCGCCCGGCAACAUCUCAGUCGGAACCCAGAACGACCCGUCCAAUAACUUCAACUCUACCAAGAAGAAGAACGCUCCGCGGUCUACGAAGAAGCCUCGAGAUUCCAACUCUCCUGCCACUCACAACGGUUACUACAAUGGAUAUCAACACAAUGGGUACGCUAAUGGGCACCGAAGCACACCUAAUCAUACCGGUGUGACCUCCCCCCAACUAAAGGAAAGUGCCGCCUAUGCAGGGCCAACCUUCCAUGCGUCUCCUGCACCCUCUUCUCUCCCGAUGCCCAAGUUCCUCCCCAAAGCCGCUCCAGAUGCAGAUCUCGUUCCACCUCUCGAGACCGAUAGCGACAGCGCGGAUCUUUCCCCCGAACCGGAGACGACUCCUUCCAAACACCGCAGCCGUCACCCACCCGCGAACCCGGAGCCGAAGUCUACUCCGCUCGAUUUCAUGUUCCAAGCUGCGAAGCAGGCCCAAGAAAACAAGGCCACCAGCAGCCCUGAUGUGAGUCGCCCUCUUCGAUCGCCUCAGACCGAGCCCACCGCCCGGUACCAUCAGAAUGGCAUGUUCGCUUCCAACGCGGGUAAUGAAUUCGCGCGCCACUCCCCCAUCGGACCCUCGUUUGCUCCGUCCUACCAGGAGCGCAUGGCGGCACUGCGCCCUACCAGCAUGUCUCAAUCGCCUGAAGUCAGUGAUGCUGAGCGCAAGGCGAAAAAUGAACAGCUGAAGGACCUUCUGCUCAAUCCGCGCCCCCAGAAGCCACCCUCUCAGGCUCCCUUUUCUCCAGUUUAUGGGAACGCAGAUGUCCGCCAGUCUCCAAGCUUUGACCGUGCAUCUCCCAACUUCGACUACCGUCAGCCUGGAGCUUAUGAAACCCGAUCUGGUAACUUCGACACACGUCCAUCAAAUGUUCAUCCAUACGCGACCCCCAGUCGAGCGGCGUCUGGUCCUCCACUGGCGCAUGGGAAUCCUUUCGGCAACCCACCCCCACAGUCAAACCCUUAUCUUCGGAACCCGUAUCCGAGCCACAACUCGCCGCUGCGUGGGGUUGUCCCCGCGCCUCAAUAUCAAAGUCAUGGAGCUGUCUCGAACGGGAACUCCCCUGGCCCGUAUCCCAACCAGUACAGACAAAGUCCAAAUCCCCCGGCGCCAUGGCAGGUCUAUGGGUCUGCUCAGCCGGUGCAUUCAGCACCUGCUUUCCAAAUGCCAACGCAUUCGUCCUCGCCUUUGCCAGCCCAGGCCAUGGAUACCCAGCAGAUUGAGAACGACAUUCGGCGCGUCUUGAAGCUUGAUGCUUCCUCGACCGUCGCCUAG